AUGGUUGUUGAUCUUGAUAAAUAUUUAAAACAAGAUAAAGAUUAUUAUAUAGCUAUUGGUUUAGAAGGUAGUGCUAAUAAAUUAGGGGUCGGUAUUAUUAAACAUUCAAAAGGAUUGUUAUCAAAUGUUAAUAAAGCUAAAGUAUUAUCAAAUGUUAGAGAUACUUAUAUAACACCACCAGGUGAAGGUUUUUUACCAAGAGAUACCGCAAGACAUCAUAGAAAUUGGGUUGUUAGAAUUAUAAAAAAAGCUAUAAAAGAUGCUAAUAUAAAUAAAUUUGAUAUUGAUGUAAUUUGUUUUACUCAAGGUCCAGGAAUGGGUGCACCUUUACAAAGUGUUGUUAUUGCAGCAAGAACUAUUUCUCAAAUUUGGCAAAUUCCAUUAGUUGGUGUAAAUCAUUGUAUUGGUCAUAUUGAAAUGGGUAGAGAAAUUACUGGUGCUUUAAAUCCAGUUGUUUUAUAUGUUUCUGGAGGUAAUACUCAAGUUAUCGCAUAUUCAAAAAAUAGAUAUCGUAUAUUUGGUGAAACUUUGGAUAUUGCAAUUGGUAAUUGUUUAGAUAGAUUUGCAAGAACUUUAAAAAUUUCAAAUGAUCCUGCACCAGGUUAUAAUAUUGAACAAUUAGCUAAAAAGGGGAAACAUUUAGUUAAUCUACCAUAUACAGUUAAAGGUAUGGAUAUGUCAAUGAGUGGUAUAUUAGCUUACAUAGAUCAAUUAGCAAAAGAUAUGUUUGGUAUACAGAAAAAACAAUUAAAAGACGAAGAAUCAGGUGAAUUUAUAACAAAAGAAGAUUUAUGCUUUUCAUUACAAGAAAUUUUAUUUAGUAUGUUGGUUGAAAUAACUGAAAGAGCAUUAGCUCAUGUUAAUUCAAAUCAAGUUUUAAUAGUUGGUGGAGUUGGUUCAAAUGAAAGAUUACAAGAAAUGAUGAAAUUAAUGAUUCAAGAUCGUAAAAAUGGUCAAAUUUUUGCAACUGAUGAAAGAUUUUGUAUUGAUAAUGGAAUUAUGAUUGCUCAUGCUGGUUUAUUACAAUAUAGAACUGGUGGUAUAAUUAAAGAUUUAAAAGAUACUGUAUGCACUCAAAGAUUUAGAACUGAUGAAGUGUAUAUUGCAUGGAGAGAUGAUUAA